AUGGCUCCCAGCGGCCCCGACCGCAAAGCAGAAAAGUCGUACCUUUCGUCCGCCGUCGAUUCCAUUAAUCCCUGGUCCGGGACUCGAAGCUCAACCCCCACGCCCAAGGAUCCUGCGCCCCAGCCUGUUCCAGUCCCGACCGCCCGUCCUGGCGAUCAUAGCAUAACCCACUUAUACGGUCAGAGCACCAAAAGCUAUCCCGUUGACUGUCCUCCUCUCAAUGUCCUGUGGUACCAUGCCACUGAUGUGCCCAAGCGAAAGGCCCAGUUCCUGAGAGACAAGUCGAAGCCCACCGACGACACCAAGCCUGCACCCCAGCCGAAGAAGUUCGUUCCCUUUGACAAAGGCGAUUCAAGAGCAAUAGAGGUAGCGUACCAGCGCCUGUUGGAGGAUUCUGAGAAGCGGAGAAGCGAACGUUCAUUGCGAAACGUGUCUGGAAGCUCCAGACGUGGCCGCAAGAAUACCGACGACGAUGAUACACACAGCAGUUUAGAGACGAGCCCCGACGGCACUCAAACACCCAAAACCCGCGUUCCAGUGAGCGAAGACUACCUCUUCGAUGUCGACAUCGAGAAGCGAGAGUUCGCGCCUGUCUACUGGCUUGGAGCCGUGUAUGAGGUCCGCCGCGGUACUUGGUUCUACGACGAAGGCUCAUCGCUGAGACCAUGCGAGGAGAAUCUGGCGUCUCAGUUGGAGGAGGGAUACCUCAAGGUCAAACCCUGGCUGUAUCCUAAGCCGCGAAUUCGCAGCGACUCCAAGAACAAAGAUGUCACACCCAAGGCAUCAGUAGAGAAUUUACGGGCUGCAGCUUCGACGGCAUCUGCAGCAGAAGGCAAUAACAAAUCCCAGGCACUGCAGAACCAGCACCAGCCGUCCUCCCAUAGGCUAUUCGGCGCAUGGAUGAACAGCAUCGCUACUUACCAGGACUCCACCACCGCCUGGUUGACGUCAGAUAGCAUGCUGUCCUGGGUGACCUCAACCAUGUACGAAAGAUUCUCCGGUGGCGGUUACAUGAGCGGUGUCAAGCUUGUGAGAGGCUACUCUGACGUAGCAAAAAACAAGAAGGAAAAGCAGCCAGCCACCCCAACCGAGGCUACCAACACCUUACAGCUAGAUGAGAAAGAACAAAAGAAACUAAAAAGGAGAUCCGCGCCCCCGACCUCCAGACCUUCGCAAUCCAGCGAAGAAAUGUCGCGUGCUGAAGACGAUUCAAGUAGAGAGAAUGCCCUACAAAGACAGAUCUCGUCGUUGAUGGAGGGAGCUGAGCACCGCAAUCAAGAAGAACAAGAAGAGGAGAUUCGCAAACGUGAAGAGAAGGAAAUCGAGAACGACUACAACGGCCAGUUUGGCGAAAAACAGGGCCGAGAAAUUGAGCACCUGGUGCUAGUAACACAUGGAAUCGGCCAGCUUCUUGGCAUCCGCAUGGAAAGUGUCAAUUUUGUCCACGAUGUCAACGUCCUACGUAAGAACUUCAAGUCAGUCUACUCGAGCUCGGCAGACCUUCGGGCCCUGAAUUCGGAACUGGAAGACGGCCCGAAAAAUUGUCGGGUCCAGGUUCUACCAGUCUGUUGGAGACAUCUGCUUGAUUUUCCCAAGAAAAGAGAAAAGAAGAAUGAACAAGACAUUGGAGACGGUGCUCUGGACGAUGAUGAAUAUCCAUCUUUGGAAGAUAUUACCAUUGAGGGCGUGGCUUUCGCCAGGUCCUUGAUUUCAGAUCUUGCUCUUGACGUGUUGUUGUACCAGAGCGCGUACCGAGAGCAGAUCUCGGAGAUUGUGUUGAAGGAGUCGAAUCGUAUAUACAAACUCUUCCUAGCCAGGAACCCUGAAUUCAAGGGCAAGGUUCAUGUCAUCGGCCACUCGCUUGGCUCUGCCAUUAUGUUUGACAUACUGUGCCGACAGAAGGAGAGAAGCAAGGCCUUGGAAACUCCAAGGAAUCCGUUACGCUUCUGGCCCCCCCAGGAGAAGGCUGAAGGCGUCAAGGAUCGGGAGGCAAACGAGUUGAGGUUUGAGUUCGACGUAGAUGAUUUCUACUGCCUCGGAUCGCCGAUAGGCUUGUUUCAAAUGCUCAAGGGCCGCACCAUAUCAGCACGUCACCUCCCCAAUGCUCUGCCAUCAGAGAGUCCCAUGAACCCAGAGUUGAUUGACGAUCCAUUCCUCACGGCUGCCCCGACGUCACCGACACAGCGCGUUUCCGCCAUUACAGGGUUGCCGUAUUCAGUCUCAUCGCCAAAAGUGGCACAAUUAUUCAACAUUUUCCAUCCUUCGGAUCCUAUCAGCUACCGGCUUGAGCCACUGAUAUCAUCAGCCAUGUCCACCUUAAAACCCCAGAUUCUGCCAUACACCAAGAAGGGCAUAUUUGGCAACGUGGCGCAGCAAGGCCUGUCAGGCAUCGGUAUGAAGGUCGGACAAAGUGUUAGCGGUCUUUGGUCCAGCCUGAGUGCGGGCAUCGCGAGUAACCUGCUCAACAGAAGCCUUGGUCUAAGCAACGAAGACGUGGCCAAGAUGAACUCGGCUUCAACCCAGCCUCAGGUGUCCGGGACGGGAGCCGCGGCGGCGGGUGGAAACAUGACUGACAGUGGCGUGAUAUCCGACGCGUCCAAACUCGUGGAAAAGACCAACGAGCGCAAGAAGCAGCUUGCGGACUCGAAAUCCAUGAUGGGUCGUACGAGCCUCAGCGGUAAUGAAAUGACGCUGAUUGAUGAUGAGCUCGAGACUCUCUACUCCAAGUUUCAGGAGAAGCGCGUGGACCUGGCCAAGUCAAAUGACGAUGGCGGCGCGGCCGACUGGCUGGAAGCGGAGCGGAAGGCGCAGAAGCUGCGGCGCGAGGAGAUGAAAGUCCGGGCACUGAACCGCAAUGGGCGUGUCGACUACAGCGUUCAGGAGAGCGUCCUCGACUUCAACCCCAUGAACACAAUUGCUUCGCACAUGAGUUACUGGUCUGACGAGGACGUCAGCCAUUUCAUCCUAUCACAACUUCUUUCUAAUAGAUCGCGGGCAAACCGGAGAUAG